AUGGCACCCCCACCAAGUGCAGGCGUGUGGUGCCCCGCAGUGACUUUCUACACACCUGAAAGCGACACCGCAACCCUCGACCUUGUUGCGCAGAAGCAGUACUUUACCUAUCUCUCCAAGUCCGGUCUUAUUGGUCUCGUCGUCCUCGGCUCCAAUGCAGAAGCCUUUCUGCUCACCCGUGACGAAAAGAAAGCAUUGAUGAAAUGUGCACGCGAAGCAGUCGGUCCCGACUAUCCCCUCAUGGUGGGUAUUUCCGGUUUCUCCGUUCCGCAAGUGAUGGAGAACAUCAGCGACGCAAUUGAAGCAGGAGCAAACUAUGGGCUGCUGCUACCAGCAGCUUACUACGGACCAGCAACAUCAAAGGAUGUGAUAAUGGCCUUCUAUAACGAAGUUGCCCAGAAGAGCUCACUGCCCAUUGUCAUCUACAACUUUCCCGGGACUUGUAAUGGAGUGGACCUCGACUCUGUAACCAUUGCAGCCUUGGCAAAACGCAACCCGGGGAAGAUUGUUGGAGUAAAGUUGACUUGCGGAAGUGUUGCAAAGAUUACAAGACUCUGCGCCGAGUUGCCGAGCGAUACGUUCUCUACGUUUGCUGGACAGGCAGAUUGGAUGGUGGCUGGCCUGGCUGUUGGGAGUGCUGGAUGUGUGUCGGCAUUCAGUAAUGUAUUUCCAAAAGUUUGCUCCAAAGUCUACGAGCUGUACACUAGCGGUAAGACACAGGAAGCGCUGGAAUUGCAUCGCAAGGCCGCGCUGGCGGAAAGCCCAAUAAAGGCUGGCAUUGCGCCAACAAAACAUGCUGUCAGUCAGUACAGUGCAAAGGCAGCAGGUAUAGAAGGCGCGGAAGCAAAGCUCAACCCAAGACGGCCGUAUUCUCCGGUUGCUGAGGCACUGAAAGCGAGUGUGAAGGAUACAAUGGCAGAAUUAGCAACCAUAGAGAACAGCUUGUAG